UUAGGGACUUGGGAGAAAACCUUUAUUUUUCCUAAGCGUCAACUUUUUAUUCUGUAAUGUAAUAUCUUAUCAUUCAGUGGGAUAGCAAAUGUUUUUACCAAUGGGUGUAUAUGUGACCGGCUGCCGGCUACAAUGUCAAAACACUGUAUGACAGACUGCAUUUGACCCUACAUCUGCAUGGCCUAUCUUACUAUUAUGGCUCCAUGAGAGUGAGCUACAGUCAUAAUACUACAAAAUCUGUAAGUGACAAACUCUGAAAGUUGAGGUAGUUUGUCUAGUUUUGCCUGUGACAUUAGAAACGUGCUGAUUACAACAAGAUGAAGGCAAUCAUAGAUACUAUAGAAUGCCAACGGGAUUCUCCAAGAUUCAGGCAAGUCCUGGAUGAAAAUGAGAAGGACCUGGACAGCCUUGAGGUGAAGCUGGAGAAGGUGGUCAAGCAGUGUAACCAGAUGGUAUCAGCUGGGAAGCAGUUCAACCAUGAGCAAGAGCAGCUGAUUCACACCUUAUGGGAUCUAGCAGGUUACUUUGGCAAUGACACUGCUGUACAGUCUGCCCUAAACCGCAUGCUUGCUGCCUUGGGAGAAGCAGCAAAGUAUCAUGCCAUCUUGGUAGACCAAGCUGCUAGAGCCAUUACGAAAAACCUGGCUAACUUUAUCAAGAAUGAGUUACGGAGCGUGAAGGACCUGCGACAUUACUUUGAGAAAGUAAGUGGCGAAUUGGACACUGUUCUCCAGCGUGCCUCUGGGGUAUCCCGGACACGUACUCAUGAGGCAGAUGACAUGAAAAACCUUGUAAUAGCCACACGUAGAGCUUUUCGUCAUACAACCGUAGAUUACGUCCAUGCUAUCUCUAUAGCUCAAGGCAAGAAGAGGCAUGAGGUUAUAGAUGCGCUGUUGUCAUAUUUGAAGGCCUACAAUACCUUCUAUCAUCAGGGAACUGAUUUAUGUGAUGACCUCAAACCUUCACUGGAUACUAUAAGUCAAGAGGUAAGUACAAUGAGACAAGAAGUGAGCGACUUAGAGAAAAGCCUGGAGAACCGUCACACAGAUGUCACAGACAAAGACCUGGUGCUGUCAGUUGACCAGAUGGACACCUGUCAACCAGUGAACAUGCAUGGGUACCUGUUCAAGCGCACCACAAAUGCCUUUAAGACCUGGAAUAGACGUUACUUCACAUUACAGAACAACCAACUUGUGUACCGGAAACGAUCAGAAAGAUUAGGUAUCACUAGAGGGGAGGAAGUGACUGUCAUGGAAGAGGACUUGCGAUUGUGCACAGUCAAGCCUGCUGUUGAAGUAGACCGUCGGUUUUGCUUUGAGGUUGUCUCACCAACAAAGUGUCACAUGUUGCAAGCUGAGAGUGAAGAGAGCUAUGACUCCUGGAUCAGUGCACUCCAGCGGGGCAUUGGUCAGGCCCUCCAGCAGGGUCUGCAUGACAAAAUUACCAACUCAACUCCAGACUCCUCUCCAUACCCCCAAAAGGGAUCCCAAGGCACCAACACACCAGGAGACUCUCCAGCCUCCUCAUCACCCGCGACUACACCCCAGGCACCCACGGCAAACAAGGCUAUGUUAUGGCAGGAAAUAAUGAGGAUUCCUGGAAAUGAAGUUUGUUGUGACUGUGGGGCUUCUAACCCAAAAUGGGCAUCAAUCAACUUAGGAAUAACUCUGUGUAUUGAGUGUUCGGGGAUUCACCGCAGCCUUGGGGUGCAUUACUCAAAAGUACGGUCACUCACAUUAGAUGCUUGGGAGCCUGAAGUGAUAAAAGUGAUGAUAGAACUAGGUAAUACAGUCAUUAAUCAAAUAUACCUAGCCACAUAUGCACCAGGAGGAGAGACUGGUCCACCUUUUGCUGCAAAGCCAGACAGUAUAAGGUCAGUGCGUGAAGAAUGGGUGAAAGCAAAGUAUGUUGAGCGAAAGUUUGUAAAACCACUUCCUUUGGCUUCCUCUGGUUCCACAUACUCCCUUCCAGCUCCAAAGUCUCAGUUGCCUAGUAAGAAAUCAUGGAGUGUUCCAAGAAAGAGGCGUCGCAACAAGAGAAGGAGUAUUGGAAGUUCAACCCCAAGCAAAGGGUCCAGUGCUUCUAGUCAGCAAGAUCAAACGUCUACCCAAGAAGAAUCUCAAACCAUUACUCAAUCUAAGUCUUUGCCCACAACCCCAGCAGCCGAGACCCUUUCUCCAGGGGAAGUCCUACUCCUUGAUGUCGACAUACCUUGCACCCAUCGAGACUCAUUGGAAUUACAGGAUCUCUCAAUCUUAAGUGAUGACAACUCAACAGAUGGAGAAGAUGCAGAUGGACAUGCCCCAGAGGAAGCUUUUGCAAACUUAACCCCAGACAUGCUGCUGUUCCGAGCAUGUGAAGUGCACAACUUGCCAAUGAUGAGCCACAGCCUGGCCUUAGGUGCAAACAAGAACUGGCACAACACAGAUGAGCUUGGACGAACACCUAUGCACCAGGCAGUCAAGAGUGGUUCUGUGAUGGCUAUAGAGCACCUGCUAAUAAACGGAACAAAGGCAAAUGAACAGGACUCAGAGGGUCGGACUCCACUGCAUCUAGCUUCCUUAAAUUCAAAUAUUGGUCAGGUUUGUCUCCUACUCAAGCAUCGUGUUGGCCUCAACCAGACUGACAAUGAUGGUCAUAAGGCCAUUGACUUGGCUUUGGAGAGCUCUGAACCAGAUGUGGUCACACUGCUACGAGUGGCCAGCCUGAGCGAGCAUAUAGACCGAGAUGGUGGUGGCGAGGAUAAUAACAUGCUCAGUGAUUUUUUGCGUGAUUUCCAAGAAAAGAUGGUGAACCAGGGUCACAAUCGCUCACGACAGAAUGAUGCCACAACAAACUAGGAGGCACCACUACCUCUUCACAUGUGAAAAGGAGGAGAUACAUU